GAACCAGUCAUGGGACACCAAACUGAGAAAGGGGAUGCAAAGCAGUGGUUUAUACCAAAAGCACCCUCUGGAUUGUGAUCUGCUGGCUGGAUUUGGGAAAUUUCUCCGCGACGACAACAACAUUCCCAAUUUCAAACAGGAGGUUGCAAAUGUGUCAAGGUUUUUGUUUUACAUGGACUCAAACAAACCAUCGCUGGAUUUUGUUAAUAACUUGGAAAAAAGCAGAUCAUUUUUUACCAAGCUUGCAGACGUUGGACAGAAGAAGCAAACCAUUGCCAAAUACAUGGAGAAUCUGAAGAGAUUUCUUCGGUACAUCAUCGCCAUUACAAGCCUUAUUCAGACAGACAGAGCCUUGUUUGAGCAAUGCAAGCAUUUCCUCCUAUGCUUGAAUGAACUGCAUAAGUCCAUGAGCAAGCAGGUGUCUAAGGAAAUUACUGGGAAAAGGUAUAUAUUUCAAAUUGAUCCUCACAGAAAUGUAUUUUAAAAUAAGUGUGUAUUAUUAAUGUCUUAUUGUUUUUGUGCAGAUACACACAGAUGGUGUCAGUUGCGAAGACACCACAUGAAUGUUGGGAACUUUUGAGGGUGGCGAAGAACGAAUUUCUGUGUAUCAUUGGGAAGGCCAUGAAUGAAGAAUCCUUGCUGGAAACUGAACAACUGCACGUUCUGUACUACCUUGAGUCUCUGCUCAUGCUGAAACAUCUCCAAAGGGCUGGAGUGGUCAAAAACUUGACCCUGGACGACUGGCUCUCAAGGAAACUGUGCAAGUUGCCAGAUGGAGAGAAUUGGACUGUCAUCGGUGUUAAGAAGCACAAAACAGCAACACAGCAAGUUGCAACCAUUUCAUUAGAUGAGGAGGAAGAGGCAUGGUUUGAUGUGUACUACCGACAUGUUCGAACAGCUUUUCUUAAAAACUCUGAUGACACGGAAGAAGAUGAGAGCUUCUUCAUUUCCACAACCGGUAAACCGAUCUACAACCCAUCCAAUGACCUACAAAGGUUUCAUUCCAAAUACAACUUGCCCAACAUCACGAGCCAGGUAGCAAGACGAGUUAUAGAGACAAAUACCAAAGCCAACUUCACAGACCAACAGAAGUGCCUUGUUGCUGACUACUUGGCCCAUACAACUGCUACAGCUGAAAAGCAUUACCGCAUGAAGACACCAGUCAAUGCCUGCCUGGGAUUGAAGCUGAUCACCAAAGUUGCCACGUCCGAUGAAUCUAAUAUUGAGACUGCAGGCCCCUCCUGUGCAAGCACAAGUAGAAAGGGAGCAUUGUCCAGCUGCAAAAAGUUGGAUGAGGCACAGGCCUUGAAACUCUUCUAUGAACACUUCCCUGUCACAAUUGAUGGACAAUCAAUCCAGAUCAAGGACAGACGACUGAUUGUAGGAAUGCAUGAGAGAUACUGCUAUGACAAGUGGAGAAGCCAGCAAGUGAAAAUGAGACGGGAUUAUGUGAUCGCACACUUCCCCAGAAGACAACCCACUGCACGUCAAGUAGAGAGAUACAUUGAAAGGCAGAACUGGGAGAAGAACAAAGUGAAAGUGGAGACUGUCCUUUGUCACUGGCAACCUUCAAUUAACACUGACACACCAAAAGACAACAAGGAAAUUAUGAAGCUGGUGAUGUCCCAGAAGUGGAAAGGACUGUACAUUGCCAGUGACACUGAUAAAGGAAAAAAGGUAAUGACGACACGUCCAUUUGCUAAAGGGGAAGUUGUCUGUGACUACCACGGUCUCCCACUCUCAGGGAAGCAGGGGAAAAAAUUGUUGGAAGCAACAGAGAAUGACGAGAUGGGGCUCCUUUACUUCUACAAGGAAUCAUCAGGGAAAACGUACUGCAUAGAUGCAAAGACUGUGCCCUGCCCUUGCCACCCAGAGAUGGAUACAUUUGGACGUAGGAUAAAUCAUUCCAGAAAGAGAAGCAACAUAAAGGGUCAGCUUCAGCAAUUAGAAGAGGGUGGCAAAGUGUGGAACGUCAUCCUUUUCAUUGCCCUACGAGACAUUCAGGUGCAACAAGAACUGUUAUUUGACUAUGGGGUGUCAAGAAAAUCUUUUGGUGGAGAAGGAGAAGAUUUGGAAUGGCUUGACAACUAGGUCCGUCAGCUUGAAAUCUGAUGGAACUCAAAACAACCCCCCUUGGGUUGUGCUGUGGCAGAGAUAAGAGAGUGACAUUUGGAGGUGUUCUUCCUAGCCUGUAGACAUUUAGUUUUCUUCUGUUGUUAUACAUAUUGAAAGAGAAUGUGCAAUAUUACACAAUUAAAAUAAUAAAUCAUCACACACACACAAACAUGGCUUCAUCGUUGUUCACAGUUUAUUAUCAUAGUUUUUCAUCAGAGAGAGACCGACAGAGAGACAGACAGACCUGUCUGUCUGUCUGUCUGUCUGUCUGUCUGUCUGUCUGUCUGUCUGUCUGUGUCAAUUCAAUUCAAGGGCUUUAUUGGCAUGGGAAACAUGUGCUAACAUUGCCAAAGCAAGUGAGGUAGAUCAUAUAUAAAGUGAAUAU